UUAAUAUGAAAUGGUCAUAACGUGAUAAAUAACGUUUUCAUUGUGUCGGGCAAACCAGAGCCACUCUCGGGUAAACAAACGUCAACAAUGCUUUUAUUUUGAAGGCUACAAUCGCAAAAUAGGUUUUGUGCUGUACACGGAACGGUGAGGGAAAAGCUACCGAGAUGCCAAUCGUUGUCGUUUCUUUUUAAAAUGUAGUCUGUAGCUAUCCAAGAAGAAACAUUGUACACACAUCGUAUUUUUAGCGGGUCCCUCAUCAUGGCUGCCGAGGAGGAGAGGGGGGUUGUGCGUGUCAAAGUGAAGAAAUGUGACGGAGUGCUACCAGUGGAGUUUCGUUCAUUUGCAGUUGAUCCUCAAAUAACGUCGUUGGAGGUGCUACAACAUAUACUCAUAAGAGCCUUUGAGUUAAAUGGCAAGAGAAACUUUGGAAUAAGCUACCUGUCUCGUGACCGUGGAGGUGUGGAAGUGUAUCUCUCCCUUCUGUCUGAUUGGGAUUUGGAUGCUGCGUUUGUCAGUGCUGCAAAGCCUUAUUUACAGCUCAAGAUGGAUAUAAAGCCCUCUGAAGACAGUCCCCUAAUGGAAGACUGGGACAUCAUAAGCCCCAAAGAUGUGAUUGGUUCUGAUCAGCUUCCUGGGGAGAAGAAGUCCUUAGCAGCCGCUGCUCUCCCCUUCACUCAGUCCCUGCUGUCCCAGAUGGGUCGUACUUUGUCCAGAGUCCAGCAGGCCUUGAGCUGGUCUUACUGUGAGGAUAUGAAACCUUUCAAGCCCCCUCUUAGUGAUGCAGAGUUCCACAGUUAUCUUAAUGGCCAGGGUCAGCUGUACCGCCCAGAAGAACUGCGGUUACGUAUCUAUCAUGGUGGGGUGGAACCUUCUCUACGCAAGGUUGUGUGGCGGUACCUACUUAAUGUGUACCCAGAUGGAUUGACUGGUCAAGAAAGAAUGGACUAUAUGAAGAGAAAGACCAGAGAGUAUGACCAGUUGAAGAGAGAGUGGACAUCCAGGGCCAGUCAAGAAGAUCUAGAAUUCAUUAGAGGUAAUGUGCUGAAGGAUGUGCUGAGAACAGACCGUGCCCAUCCUUACUACGCAGGCUCAGAGGACAGUCCCCACCUCACCGCCCUCACAGACCUGCUUACCACCUUCGCCAUCACUCAUCCACAGGUGUCUUACUGCCAGGGUAUGAGUGACAUUGCGUCUCCAAUUCUUGCUGUCAUGGAUAAUGAGGCUCAUGCGUUCAUCUGCUUCUGUGGCAUUAUGAAACGCUUAGAGGGCAACUUUCGACCCGAUGGCCAACUCAUGUCUGUCAAGUUCCAGCAUCUCAAGCUCCUUCUUCAGUAUUCAGACCCUGAGUUCUAUUCUUACCUGGUCUCUCGAGGAGCUGAUGAUCUGUUCUUCUGUUACCGCUGGCUGCUUCUGGAACUAAAACGUGAAUUUGCGUUUGACGAUGCCCUAAGAAUGUUGGAGGUCGCCUGGAGUUCCCUGCCCCCUGAUCCUCCUGAAACCGAGGUGGAACUUCUAGGCCCACCCUUGGAGACGGAUGGUAUGACUUCAAGCAAUGUUCAGGACCAAGCUUUCAAAAGGGACCAUGGGGAAGAUUUAAAGCAAAAAGAGAGGCAGCGUAGACAACACAUGUUGAGACCCUCAAGAGAAGAGGCAGAUGGAUUAAGGAAGAUAAACAUAGAGAAAGACGAGAAACUAGACAGAGGAGCUAUAAGGGAAGGUGAGGGGGACUACAAUAUACCUUACGUUGGGAAAGAGAACAAAGUAGCACCUGCUGCUCCCUUUGAGAAACAGGCCAGUUUUGGAGAGUUUAAAUACUACAGUGCCCGGAAUGAGGACAGCUUUGAUUUGGAAGAUCGUGACCUCACAGAAGGCCCCAUUGAAUCACAGCCUGUGUCCAUUCUCCCAGUCCGGCAGUCCACAGAGGACAGUGAAGAAGAUCCAGGGGAGCGAGCACCACUCAUUAGAGAUGAUGACCAAUCCUCUUCUCCAGAAACAGAGGGAAGGGGGGGCUCUCCCAGCCAACAGACUAUAUCCCCGGCCUCACUGUUUCCUUCUGGCCUGUCCAACUGGAAAACCAGUUCCUCUCCCUCGCCUAUGUCCUCCCCUUCACCAACUAGUUGGCAAGGGGCCUCAGCAGACUCCCCAUCACCGAUGUAUGCUUCAUCUCCACUUUCGAAUGAAAGGGCAGAUUCACCAGACCAUACGUCACAGGUAUUAGCUUCAUUUGGCCCUGUGUUCAAUGGGACUGGAGCCAGCUCGCCUACGACUCCCACAGGGAAGUCCUCUGUUCCUUCUCCCUCACUCUCCUGCCCUCAAAAUAGAUCUUUGCUCUCAUCACCUGUUUUAUCAUUUGGACGAGCCCCUUCGUUGUCAAGCAACAAGGCCUCCAGCACAGGCACCAGUACCCCUAACUCUACGAAACCAGAAAACACCAUCAAACCCUGUUCUCUGCCUCCACCUCAAGAGUUUGGUAAAGGGAAUCCCUUCAUGUUAUUUCUGUGCCUCUCUAUCUUGCUGGAGCACAGAGAUCACAUUGUUAAGAAUAGUUUUGAUUAUAAUGAGCUGGCUAUGCACUUUGACCGUCUUGUUCGCCGCCACAACCUUGGGAGGGUAUUGCAGCGUGCCAAGGCCUUGUUUGCAGACUACCUGCAGAGUGAGGUAUGGGACUCUGAGGAAGGUGAUGAAGUCAGCUCAGACUCCCCAACUACAGCCACAGCUGCUCUUCACUCCCCCCCAGCUAGGUCUUUGUUUACCCCUUUAGCAUCCCCACAGCCCUCUUCCCCAAACUCCACCUACAACCUUGCUGCAACCAUACCAUCACCAUCUGCCACUAUACCUUCUCCAAAGGCUACAGUGCCUCUAUUUUCCUCUUGACUUGAUUGUUUUCAUGUCCAUGUACCCAACAUACUCAAUGACUAUUUUGGCCUGUUUAAGAUGUUUUUGCAUCGGUUGUUGCUUAUCAAAUUGUUGAUGGCCACCCAGAUUUGACUGAACAUUACUAUUACGAAGUUGUCCCAGACAUCUUCUCAAUGUCGCACCUCUAGCACUCUUGUAGAUAAAAGUGAUGGGUGAUUUGUGAUAAUCAAAAGUUUUCAAUACUUGGCCUUUAUAUUACUGAACAAUGACUGAUUUGUUUUAUAUUGUCACUUAUAAUUUGUAUUUAUCAAAGAUUAAAAGAUGGCACCUCAUGAGGUAUAACGCUAAAACAUCUACAUCAUUGGGUUUGAAAUAUGUACAUAACGAGAGUCAAUACUAUCCAGAUGAUUGCAUUCAACAUAAAUGACAUGAAUCCAUUUGAAAUACUUAUUGUUUAGUACUGCACAGCUACCUUUUCACAUACGUUUUUAGAAGCCUACACUAUGUUUCUCCUGGAAUUUAGAAUUGAGAGAAACUGAGAAAUAUCAAAUAUUUGGUGUUGUUUCCUUCUAAUUGAUAGCCAAAGUUUGGCAGAGAAAAUGCCUUUUCACACUAUUGUGCCUGAAUUGCACUUUGUUGGCCCAAAUUAUUUUUCCUCACGGUCCUCUCCAGCACAGUACCUGUGUCAGAGACAUAAUUACGCCAGCACAUUACAGUUCAGCCAUCUUAGUAUGUUCAAAAAGCCUUUUAUGUGAUUAUGCUUAUGCUUCCCAUGUUUCUUUUUUCUUCUUCUUUGUAAUCAAUAUUUUGCUCAUUUCACAAGCCACGUUUCACCAAAGAAUAUUGGUUGUGAGAUGGCAUUGUUAAAAACUGAACCACUAUGCCUAUGAGUGUGGAAUGUUAUGCAUUGCAAUGAUAAACUUGACAUGGUAUAUUUAGGGUUAGAUAUUAACCCAGUAAACUUUACAACUGUAAGGGCAGGUGUGGAUACUGGCUAGGGGUUUAAAAAGUACUUUUACAAUCAGUAGUCAUUAACUGCAGUCUUGGAGUAAACAUGGCACAAAUGCAAUUGAACUACAAUUGUAUUUUAAUGUAAUUGUGUCAGGAUACUUGGACUAUUCUGCCAUUUUCUAGGGAUCUGUUAGCUUCAGAGGCUGAAGUUAUUUCCAAAGAAAUAAUGAGAAUGAAAGUGGCAUGGUUUUAAACUAUAUUAAUGUAACAUUUUCCUUUUAUAUGGGAAAUGUAUGAGUAUUAAAAGUUGAAUUGCCAUUUAGGAGACCAAGUCGCUGUCAUGUCAGGCUUCAGAUCAACAAUGAACAGGACUGCAUUUCAGGUUUAUAUUUACAUUUUUGUUUUGCUUUUCAGGGGGCUAUUGGUCUAUCAAUAUAAAGGCUGAUAAUAUGCACUAUAAGUAAGCAGUAAAAUAGUUGCAACUAACUUAGCCAACAGACAUAGUGGAUUAAAAGGAAGCAAGUGAGUGUUCAGAUUCACAUUUACUUUCCAUAGUUAGCCACUACUUCUGUUGUCUCAAUUUUAUUUCACUGCAGAUCUAAUGUAAUCACUUCCAGAAUUGCAGAGUGUAUUAUUUUGUCCUACUUUACUGAAAUGUGGCAAGAGUGAGACAUCAACUGGUUUUUCAGCCUUCUUACCUCACUUUUAGUAGUCAGAAAGGGUUCCUUUUAGGACAUUGUUACAAUUAGGUCAGUUUGAACUGAAAAUGUAUACACAAACCCAUAAGAACCCCCUUUUUGAAGUAUAAUCUUUACUUAACACUACAAAAAGGUUUUUAUUUAAUGCAUUAAAACAUCAAAUCAAAGUCAAAUGUAGGUUUCUACCCUAGAUGCAAUAUAAAAAAAAAGCAAUUUUAUAAUGUUAAAGAUACAUUUUCAAUUUCCUAACGAGGUUCAUUGAAAGUUUGAAAGUUUACUUUAAACUAAAUAAAUAUUAACUUACUAGGUAUAAAUGUAACCAAUGUAUAUAGCUAAUACUGUUGUUGUUUUUUGGUGGGAAUUAUUACUUGACAUCGGAUAAGAUGUUCACGCCUUUCACACAGUGUCUCAUGGUAGCCCUUAAUAAUACAGGCCAAAUUUGUCAAAUUAAUAUUUGUUUCUCAGUGUAGAAUUGGGAGGUUUGGGGGUUUAGGUUGGUUUAUUUGUAAGUAAAAAUUUGAUUAGUACUUCAGUGAAAGCAAAACAGGCUUCAAAGUGACCUCAUAGGAUGUAUGAUAAUAUACACACAAGUGUACAACCUUAUUUUAAAAGGAAUUACAUUUUAGUAAUUUAUUUUCCGACCCUGUUUUGACAAAGUUAACCAUAUUUUUUUAUAUAUCUUCGCUAAUUUAUUGAGCAGAAAAUAGAGAAACAUUGCAUAGUCAAGUAGGAAUGUAAUGAGUUUACAAUAGAUGUAAACAGUAAAUACUUAAGUAAUUCUGUAUUUUAUUUCCAAUGAAUUGGCUAAGAUUAUGAAAAUUUACAAAACUUUGUCAAUAUGGUGGUUUUGUAGAUCGGAAUCAGCUUAAUUCAAAAUAAGUUGAAUAGCUUGAUGGAUACUUUUGCAAGGUCUGAAAUAAAACCAAAUUCAAUUCUCUCUCAUAUACAUGAAUAUAUAUAUAUAUAGUGAUAUAGAACUACCUAAUCUUCAGUUCACGUGAUAGUUAAGAGCAACAAACUGAGAUAAUUGUGUGUUAUACCACUUUAACUCACCCCAAGAAAAGAUCAAAGAAAGUAAAUGUUUUUGUAGGUUGUGUAUGAUAUGUUGAAAGAAUCGGAGCAGAUCAACACUAAACAACAAUGCUUUUGGGUUAAUGAUCAUGCUUGUAAAACCUCAUUUUUUUU